GUGGUGGCGCAAAAUUAACAAAAACUAAUUCUGAUUCAGAUCGAAUUAGGAGAUUUUUGUCUUUAAAGACCGCCUUUUGUUUGCGGACAGACCACUGAGAGCGCACCUGGACACUUCCCGGCUGCAGCAGCAGCCCCCCGUCACCCCGCCCCGUUCACUCAGCUCCCUCGUCAGGUCUCCCCGGGUUCCGUGUUUUGCAUCGCUCCUCGAUUUGCAUUUCUUCCUCAGAUUUUCCGUGAGACGGGAUCAGCCGCUCCGAACCAGCGGGCGCGUCACGGCUCCUGUCCACGCGCGCCUCCAUUUCCGAAAAAGACAAACGCGCAGACAGAAUUAAACCUCUGGAUUCAAUUUCUUUUUAUUGAUAAUGUUACCGAAGCUCCACGAGCGGGGAAACUGAAGACUUCCACUGAUCUGUGUUUAUUUUCAUUUUUCUGAUGGGAGAUACACGUGUCCUCGGGGUAAACAGAAAGGGCUAGGUCGUGCCAACACAUUUGCUUUCUCUGCCUCUCUUUAUUUUUAUUUUUCAUUUUGGAGGGUUGAUUUCUUUUAUGUUUGCCACCGAAGACUGGUUUUAAGCUUGGCGAAGAAACCGAGCCCACAUUUCAUCUGGUGCGCCUUGGUGAUUAAGACGCAUUUUGGAGAUGUCGGAAGUACUGCCUUUCAACGAAGAGAAAAUGAGUCAUUAUGGAAAUGAGGGCGACGAGGAACACCUUUCCUUCACCUGUCGUCUUCAAGACACCAACAACUUCUUCAAUGGCGCACAGAAUAAGCGUCCGCCCAAACUCGGACAAAUAGGCAGGAGCAAACGGGUUGUGAUCGAGGAUGAGAAUGGCGACGGCGAAGCACAGAAAAAUGGAUCAGAGAAGACUUCAUCAGAGGCUUAGAGCUCAACGCCACCCCCCCCCACCCCACCCCACCCCCCAACCUUCAAAAACAAAAACAGACACUCUUGAAUUUUUUUAAUGGCGAUAUUUACCAGUUUUGAGCCAAAGACAAUGUAUAUAAGCACUUUCUCUUAUGAGGCAGCAAGCAACACUUCCACACCCUUCUCUCCCAGUCACUCAUGUCUUGUCGGAUGACAAACACAUGCACAAACAGACACACACACACACGAAGAGGGUGGGAGAUGGCAGCCGAGACUCCCAGGUGGACCCCCCUCAACACCCACACAAACACACCCUUGAUGACAGGGUUUCGCCAUAAAUCCGAAGACACUAGAGGUUGAAAGGGGAGGAGGAGGAUGGGGUGGGGGUGAAGUGGAGGAUGGAGGUUCGGCUGUCUAUUUACAGAAUCAGGGACUGGAUUACAGAAGUAUAUCUUACUAUCAAAAACUAAAGCACACACUCUAUAUCUUCUCAAGCAAACCUAUACCGUUCUCUGCUCUUCAUAUUGGUGAGGGCAAAAGUGAAUAACACAGUUUGUAAAUAUGGAAAGGGUAGCCCAUAUUUUCUUGCACAAAAUGAGAACUGGUAAAUUGGUUUGUUCUGUGUUCUUUAUUUCUUAUUGAUCCUUGGGAUUAUGUCUUGCAGUGAUUCAGGCCCGAGGGAGAUUUAUUUAUCCUUUUUUGUAUGCUGAGCAAACUUUGAGCAAAUGAGAGUGAUAUUAUUUUUCACUUUAAGACUUCUUGAUGUUGCCUGAGUGUUUUUCUUACCAUACUUUGCAGCUGAACGAGUCAUUUCUAAAACAGUGUACUUCCCACCUGUUUGUAAGCUUCCCAGGCUUUCACCUGGACUGAAUACUACUGUAACUUGACUGUAAAAACAAAAUAUUUAUAUUGCAUUGUGCAUUACUGUGUGUGUGCCAAAUUUUAUGAUGGGUGUGUACUUGUUUUUUUCUCGUGCUUUAUACAUUUACUCACUGAGUUCAGUUGUUUUAGUUGGGUUGCCUUUUUUGUUUCUCCUUAUUUUUUAGGGCUCUUUCGUAAAACACUUAAUUACCAACUCAUGCAUGGCAAAUAUGAAAUCAUGCAUGCAUGGCAGCAAUUCUGAAACUCUUGUGUAUUCUUGAAGAACCUCGUAUACAGCUUUGAAUGAUGAACCUCAAGAAACAGUCUUAAAUCUGCGUUGUACUGUACGAUUCUCACUAAUUUGUACAGUGGCCUAUUAUCUUGUAAUAAAAAUCAUGAUGAAGUACUA